AUGAAAGUGUUAAAUGAAACUUAUGUCGCUGAUAAUAUCUCUGUAAACAAGCUAAACCGUUUGGUUAACAAUCUGAGUGCCGACAAUUUCAUCUUUUUAAAUGAUAAUGAAAUACCUCCAGGGGGUAUGGGAUCCACGAAGGCCUUGCAUUCAUUCGACUGGGGCAAUGCCGUUGUCACUGCACCAAAAACUGAAGUUGGUAACGGAGGGUCAACUGGCAUCGCAAUGGCUCGAUUGAUACGAAGCGAUAUUAGACACAUAUCUGAUGCGGCUAAUAACGCGGACUCGUUCAGAGUAUUAAGGGGCCGUGUGAGUGUUUUAAAGAUAGCUCUGGAUGCACGAUUUAUGUCGUACCUGGAGCUAGCCGGAUUUGGGUCAGUAGCAUUGAUCCGGUCCUCCGACAUGCGGUUUGAUUUAUUAUCUGCGCUAGUGGAGCGGUGGCGUCCGGAGACCCAUACUUUCCAUUUUCCGUGCGGGGAGUGCACGGUGACCUUGGAGGAUGUUGCAGUGCAGCUUGGGCUCCCAAUUGACGGGAGUCCCGUAACGGGAGUAUCUUCAUUCACCGAUCCAGCUGCAAUUUGCUAUCAACUCCUAGGAGAGUCACCAGAGGAUGAUGAUAAAUAUUUUUCCGGCAUAAAAUUUACAUGGCUAAAAGCCAAAAUAUGUGGAUUAUCAGCGACCGCCACUGAAGGUGAGUUGAUGUGCGCUGCUCGAGCGUACAUCAUGCAUAUGAUAGGGGCAGUACUCAUGCCUGAUGCAAACGGCGACAGUGUGCAUUUGUCGUACUUGCCCCUGCUAGCUGAUUUCUCCACUGCUAGGUCGUACAGUUGA